AGCAGCAGGAGGAGGCAGCAGGAGGCAGCAGGAGGAGGAGGAGGCAGAAGCAGCAGGAGGAGGCAGCAGGAGAAGGCAGAGGCAGCGGGAGGAGGAGGCAGGAGGAGGCAGCAGGAGGAGGAGGAGGCAGAGGCAGGAGGAGGAGGCAGGAGGCGGUGCUGGGCUGGGCUGUACCCGCCGCCACACGAGCAGAAGCCGCGGUCAUCAUCGUCAACUUCCUCGGCUGUCUUCGCCGCCGUGGCCCCCGCCCGAGCCGUGGUGGCGACGAAGACGACGAUGAUGACGAUGAAGUCGAUGAUGAAGUCGAUGCCAUCGCGGCCGUGAGCGGAGUGGUGGUGGCGGCGGCGGCGGCCGUGAUGGCCUCACAGGAGCGACUCUACGAGCUGUGGAUGCUGUACUUCACCAAGAAGGACCCCGCCUUCCUCCGCCAGUGGCUGGAGAUCUUCGUGGUGACACACGAGGCCUCAGCGCUCGACCAGGAUGUGAUUCUCAUGAGGGGGGACCCACGGCCCCCCGACCUCUCGGUGCUGCCAGCCAGCUUCCUGCAGGUGUCGAGCCAGCAGCUGGUGCAGUGCGUGCACAAGCUGUCCGUGUGCCUGGAUGACGAGCACCUGUCACUGGCGCUGCUCAUCAUCAAGGCCCUCAUCGCCCUGUGCAGGAAUGUUCAGAAUGUAGAAGAUAUUGGAGCCUGUUCCUACACCAGCCAUGUCAUCACCCUGGCAACCAUGUGCAUCCAGCAGUCGAAGGAACAGACGAAGCAGCGGGAGGUGAGCGGGGAGCUGUCCCUCGAGACGUUUGCUCUCCACUCGCUGCACUUCUGCCAGCGCCUCUACGACCCCUACCAGAACUGGGCUCGACGCGUCGCUGGCGACGCGGUCUCCGCGAUGGAGCGGAGCAGGCAGAGGUUCAAGGCGGCGCCGCUAAUCAACGAGUUCGUGCCAUUCUUCUACCAAUGUUUCCAGGAGUACACGCACCUGCCUGGCAAGCUGACGGACCAACUGCUGCACCUCUUCGGGGCCGUCAUCGCGGGCAACCAGCGCAACGCACUGCAGGCGAUCUCCCCGGCCACCCUGGAGGUCCUCAUGCGGCUCCUGGUUGAUCCAGCCAUGGCGGGAUCCUCGGGGUCCGUGGCCCGAGGGCGUCUCGGCCUCACCCUCAAGUGCCUGACGGAAAUGGUGCAGGCGCUGCACACGGGCAGCCCGGACCAGCGGCAGGUGGAGGUGGCCUCCGUGCUGGAUGGGUACUUCAAGGUGCUGAACGCCGAGGGUGUCGCGACGCCCGGGUCCCUCGCGUGGAACGAUGGGCUGGUGGAGCUGCAGAUGCACAUGCUGAGAUCCAUCCCGGAAAUGUUAGCCUGCUCGGACCGGCCUGUGCUGCAGGCCAGCUUCCUCAACAGCAACUGCUUCGAGCACCUCACACGGCUACUCCACAACAGCAAGCUCUUGUUGAGCGCUAGAGCCAAAGCGCCAGGCAAGAGCGAGAAAGAGCUUGCCAACAGCAAAUUGCAGUUGGAGCAGGGCCCAGGCAAGCGUACGGACGCCCUGACGGUGCUCACCAUCCGCGUGCUGACGUGCGUGAUGCACACCUCGCCCGCUGCCAAGGAGGUGUUCAAGGAGCGGAUCGGCUACAACCACCUGUUCGACCUGCUGCAGUCCCUGGGACAGCCGUCGCUUGCGUUGCUGUACGAGCUGCUGGACAUGGCGGUGGAGGGAGACCACAGGCAGGCGCUGAGCGGCGCCUCUCGCAUGUACGGGGGCGGCGGCGGCGGCGGCGGCGUGGCCAACGUGCAGGCGCUGCUGAUGCUGGUGCGCUGGCUGCCCACGCUGGAGUCGCUGUCUGCCCGCUCCUACUUGGCCGCCGCGCUGCACCAGCUGUGCUGCGCCGACCGUCCCAGCCGCACCGUCUGCGUCAACGCCGGCAUGAUGUCCUGCAUCCUGGACUCCCUGCAGAUGGUGGACCCCGUUCGGCACAUGGACUGCGCCGUGAGCCUCGUCGGACUCCUCGAGGCGCUGGGCUCCCAGUCCAUCCGAGCCAAGGAGCUCUUCUGCCUCUUCAGGCUCCUCCGCGUCCACGCCUCCUCCCCCACGGAGUCCGCCUUCUCGUCGGACGUCCCCACCCCCGACGCCGCCACCUCCUCCUCGGCGGCGUCCAGCGACGCUCCACCGGCGCCGGCUCUGGUGCCGGUCGGCGUGAGCACGAGGCUGCACGUCGGCACCGCCACCGCCCUGGGCACCGUGCUCACGGUCGGCGGCGGCGAUUACCUCGACAACGACGGCGGCCGAGCGGACGACGGGAGCGCGAAAAGGAGGUGGAGUUCCACGGACGGUUUCAACGCGGAAGCGGCGGCGGUGCACCCGCUCACCGGGACGGUGACGCGUGCGCUGUCGGCCAUGGCGCGGCGCGACGGCGUGGAGCGCGCCAUGCACUACUUCGACCUGACGCACGCCAUGGCCGGCAUCACCGUGCCCGCCGUGCAGCGCUGGCCCGGCAGCGGGUUCAGCUUCCACGCCUGGUUCUGCCUCGACGCCACCGAGCAGAGGCUGGCGCACCUCGCUGGCGGCAAGCGGAAGCAGUUGUACAGCUUCUUCACGUCGAGCGGCACGGGCUUCGAGGCAUUCGUGACUGGCGCCGGCGUGCUGGUGGUGGCCGUGUGCACCAAGAAGGAGUACGUCACCGUCAGCCUGCCCGACACCUGCUUCCACGACUCGGCCUGGCACUGCGUGGCCGUGGUGCACACCACCGCCCGGCGCGCCCUCUUCUCCCAGUGCAUCGUCAACAUCUACGUGAAUGGGCAGCUGCGUGAUACGGCGCCUCUCAAGUUCCCCCCAAUGGGCGAGGCGUUCACGUCGUGCUGCAUCGGCUCGGCGGGCAACCGCACGAUCACGCCCACGCCGUCUCAGAUCCCCGAGCCCACGUCCUUCUUCCCGGGCUCGCCGCCUCACUCCACUUCCUCCACCUCCUCCUUCCCGACCUCCCCAUCAUCGCACGGCGUGACGGCCAUCCCGUCGCCCAUCUCCGCGUCCAGCUCCUCGGUGCUGGACGGCAGCCCCACCCGGCCCUCGGCCUUCCCGGGAGCCGGCCUGCCGCGCCUGUCCUCGUCGUCCGGCGUGCCCAGGCUGACGCCCGGCGCGGCGCCGUGCCUGCGCACCAUCCCGGCCGGCACGCAGGACAGCGAGUGGGGCUCGCCCACAUCGCUGCGGGGCCAGCUGGGCUCCGUGAGCGUCUUCCACGACGCCCUGCAGCCGCCGCAGGUCAAGGCGCUGCACCAGGCCGGCCCAAACAACCUGUUCCCAUUCAAGCCUCCGGAGUGUGCCCCCGAGCUGACCGACCUCCCAGCCAAAAUGUUGCUCUACUACACCCCCAAGGCGUGUCAAAAGCUGCUGUGCCUGGACCUCGCCCCCAGCCACCUGUUUGACGGACGACUCACCGGGCAGACGGUCGUCAACUGGGACAUCAAGGACGUGAUCCACUGCAUGGGCGGCAUGGCCGUGCUCGUGCCCCUGCUGGAGCAGCUCGUGUCCACCGAGUGUCCCGCGGCGCAGCAGGACGACGGCGGCGCCUUCUCGUCUCCCGCGCGCACCUCCGAGGCGCGACUGGAGGGAAGCCACGUGGCCUGCUUCCUGCUGCUGCUGCGCAACUUCGUGCGGAACCACCCAGCCAAUCAGGAGUCGCUGGCGCAGAGCCAGGGCAUGGCCACGGUCGGCGCUCUCAUCUUGCAGAGCGGGAAGCGUCACAUGGACGCGAGCGUGCUGACCGCGUGCCAGCUGCUGGUGGAGGCGGUCAUCGAUACCAACGCGCUGCUGCUGCACCAGGUGUACCAAGCGCUGCUCUUCGACUUCCGCUUGUGGAGCCAGGCCGACUUCCCCGUGCGCAUAGGACACAUCCAGUACCUGUCGACAAUCAUCAAGGACAACCACAAACAGUUCCGACGGCGCUACGGCGUGCAGUUCCUGCUGGACGUUGUGCGCACGUACUACGGGAGCCGCUCGUCGGAGCUGUGUGCUGAAGACCUCAGGGUGAUCCGAGCCGCCAUCUUCGGCCUCAUCAAGUACUACAUCACCAAGGAGGUGUCGAGCGACGAGGUGCAGAGCAUCAUCAACUUCGUGGCCUCUGUUGGCGAAGAGGAGCAGAUCAACGCGUGCCUGGACAUGCUGUUGGCGCUGCUGCGCUCCAAGGGCCCGUCGCCCAGCUACGAGCAGCUGGUGCUGCUGCUCACGGAGGCCGGGCAGUGUGAGGGCCUCUACUCGCUGCUGCUACUGCAGCGCAAGCACUCGGACGUGCUGCGCGAGAAGCUCUUCCGCCUGUUCCUGCGCCUGCUGCGCAGCGAGCGCAUCGGGGAGAAGAGCAAGCAGCGGUUGCGUCUGCGGGACGGGCUGUUCGCGGGGCUGGUGGCACUGCAGGCCGAUGUGCCCGUCACGCUCACCGUCGUGCGAGGGAUGCUGCUCAUCAUCGUCACCGCCGACACGUCGCCCAACUACCAGGACAUCAUGGCCGUGGUUCACUUCUCCCGCAAGGCCGACCUGUCUGUCAGGCAUGCCGUGUGCAAGAAGGUGUUUGACCUCGUGUACAACUCGCACGACGCAAUCCAGCAGAUUGCGCGCUGCACGGGCUGGCAGGACACACUCGUCCGGCUCCUGGCCUGGGAGUCCAACCCCAACGCCCAGGCCGGGGACACCGCCAGCCCCACGGAUGCCACCCCGCCGCUGGGGGUCGCCGUAAUCCCCGAGGGAGAGGUCGCGACCCGGGCGGACGGGGACAAGGGGCCCCGAGGGCACCACAAGGCCAAGCUGUGCCGACAGGACACGCUGUCCAGCACGUGGUUCAUACAGAGGAACGGCCAGGCGGAGGAAGCAUCGGAGCCACUGGGCCGGCAAGCGGGCGACCCCGGGGAGGCCUACGACUUUCCGACGCGCGCGCGCUGCCAGGGCUCGUUCAGCUUCAACAACGGCAUCGUCCUGGGUGGCGGGGACGGAGCGGCGGGCGCCAGCGACGGAGAGAGCGACAGCCUCGCCUCGCUCUCCUACCAGCCCCACACGCCCUUCCGCGACUCGCCCUUCGACCUGACCCUGGACAGCCCCCUGCCGGAGGGGGCGUGCACGCACGGGGCCCCUCCGGGCUCCAGGGGGUCCUUUGGGGUGGGCGCCCCAGCCGCGGGGGGCGGCGGCGGCGGUUCGGGGAGCGUGCCGAGCACCCCGUCCCCGCUCGACACGUGGAAGCCGUUCCCCGGAUCCGUGAGCCGCCAGGAGUCGUCGCUAUCGGACGCCUUCGAUGAGAGCCUCCUGAACGAGGAGUUCUUCUCCCAUGUGGAGCAAUCGGUCCCCGUGGAGGAGGACCUGUGCGACCUGCUGGUGAGCGUGCUCUUCUCCGCCAUGUGGCACGGCGUGGAGGGCUCGGACGAGUCGGCGUGGCGCGAGCGCGGCCAGGUGUUCACGGCGCUCACCAAGCUGGGCUCCCGCUGCCUGCUGCUGCGUCCACCCAGCCACAUCAAGCGCUGCCUGCUGGAGCUCAUGCUGGAGGCGUGCGUGUCGGACGUGCGCGACGCCGCGCUCGCCUCGCUGCCGGGGCUCGCCGACAACGCCCUGCGGCUGCUGCGCCUCGUGCAGGACCUCCUCAUCACCGAGGGCCAGGCCUGCCCCGAGUUCUGGAGCCUCAAGGUGAUGGAGGGGCUGGUGACGCUGCUGGACACGCUGAGCGCACGGCAGGCCUCGCUGGGCACGCCGCUUGACCUCUCCGAGACGACGCACAUCAGCCAGCGCCUCCUGCUGGGCUUCAUCGCACACAGCGACACGCAGGUGUGCGCCACCGCUGCCGCUAAGCUGCACACGCUGCUGCAGACGCGGCCGCUGUCGGGCCGCGAGGAGGCCGGCUACCUGCUAGGCCGCCUGGACGACGCCCUGAGCCGCUCGGCGCCGGAGCACGGGGCCCGCCACCGGGCAGCGUUCGACACCCACCCGUCUGUCGGCGAGGAACAAACAUCUUCCGCAGUGGCAGAUCGCACCGUUGACCCGAACCAGCUGACGCGGCAGGAGGCCGGGCAGCCGCCGUCUCGGCCUGGGACCCAGGACCCUGCCCAUCCCCCGGACCGGCCGGCGGGCCGCAACGCGCCGGACCCGCAAACGGAGCGCUUGGCAGAGGAAGGCACCGGUGCCACCGGUGCGACGGAGGCACCGGUGCCCGCACCGGGUCAGUGCGGCGGCGGUGGCGGCGGCGGGCCCGUGGCAGACUCCUUCGUGGUGCCCAUGCUGCACGCUCUGCUGGAGCGUUGUCACAAGCUGCUGGCGCUGGCGGAACACCUACCAGGCCUGCCGGCGCCCAACGGCAGCCCCACGUGCCUGGACGACUUCCAGGUCUACUGCCGCUCGACUGAGUGGCGGCUCUUCGUGGACAUCGUGGUGCUGCCGCUGAUGAACCAGUUUGAGAUGGAGCGCUUCGCCAAGGGCCACGACCGCAUGAGCUGCUUCUGGAACUCGUGCUUCGACGCGCUCAUGGGCUCUUCGUGCCGGCGCGACCGCCUCCGCAACGAGAGCCAGCGCAAGUUCCAGGACCAGGUGAUGGAGCCGUUCCGCCGGCGCACGCGCGGGGAGAGCGCGCGCUUCAACAGCUCGCUCAAAACGCAGGCGGCACAGCUGACCGCGUCGCUGCGCCAGUGGCGCCUCACCCGGCGCUACCUCUCGAGCGAGCGCGGACCCUGGGCCGACCCGGAGGCUUCCCCGAUCCACUGGAGGCUGGCGAGCGCGGAGACCGACUCUGACAUGCGCCUCAAGCUGGAGCCCAACCUCUCGUUCCGGACGCACCGCGAGUCCAGCGCGCUGAGGGAUAACCACGGCGCCCAGCAGGUGUCCGUGCCGGCAGACAGCCUCUCCCUCGUGGUCGUGAAGGAAGCCAAGGUAGACGAGGUGGACGAGGACAAGCUGGAGGACGAGGAGGAGAUCGCCCCCGUCGCCCCGCUUGGAACCGGCGAGGGCGAGCAGAGCCAGAAGGAGAAGUUGGUGCUGGCCGAGGAGUGCCAGCUCAUCAAGAUGGUGGACGCCGUGCCCGGGCGACUGGAGCUCACGACGCACCACGUCUACUUCUACGACCUGUCCGGCGACAAGGAGGAAGGCAUGGGGUUGGACUUCAAGUGCCCGCUGUGGCAGCUGCGGGAGGUUCACCUCCGCCGGUACAACCUGCGGCGCUCGGCACUCGAGAUCUUCUUCAUCGACCAGACCAGCUACUUCCUCAACUUCACCAAGGAGGUCAGGAACCGGGUGUACAGCCGGAUCGUGGGUCUCCGCCCCCCAAACCUUGUCUACUACGGCUCACGCUCCCCGCAGGAGCUGCUCAAGGCCUCGGGGAUAACGCAGAAAUGGGUGAACCGGGAGAUCUCAAACUUCGAGUACCUGAUGAAGUUGAACACAAUCGCUGGGCGCACCUACAACGACCUGGCGCAGUACCCCGUGUUCCCCUGGGUGCUCAGCGACUACACGUCCGACGAGCUGGACCUGAGCAACCCGGGGGUGUUCCGCGACCUCUCCAAGCCCAUCGGCAUCGUGAGCGAGCGCAACGCCAAGGAGGUCAAGGACAGGUACGAGAACUUUGAGGACACGACGGGCACGACGGGGAAGUUCCAUUACGGCACCCACUACUCGAACGCGGCGGGUGUGAUGCACUACAUGAUCCGCGUGGAGCCACUCACCACGCUCCACAUCCAGCUGCAGAGCGGCAGGUUCGACUGCGCCGACCGGCAGUUCCACUCCAUCCCGGCGACGUGGCAGGCGCUCAUGGACAGCCCCAAUGACGUCAAGGAGCUCAUCCCAGAGUUCUUCUACUUCCCCGAGUUCCUGGAGAACCAGAACGGCUUUAACCUGGGGACGCUGCAGAUGUCCCGUGAGACGGUGAACAACGUCGUGCUGCCGCGCUGGGCCAAGUCUCCCGACGACUUCAUCCGCAAGCACCGCGCCGCGCUGGAGUCGGAGUUUGUGUCGGCCCACCUGCACGAGUGGAUCGACCUGAUCUUCGGCUAUAAGCAGCGGGGCCCGGCGGCCGUGGAGGCCCACAAUGUCUUCUACUACUGCACCUACGAAGGCGCCGUGGAUGUCGACGCCAUCGAGAACGAGAUGGAGCGCAAGGCGGUGGAGGGGAUGAUCAGCAACUUCGGGCAGACGCCGUGCCAGCUGCUCAAGGAGCCGCACCCGUCGCGUCUGUCGGCCGUGUCGGCGCUCCGAGCCCUCUCACGCACAGACACCUUCACCAUGAAUCUCUUCCUCAACACUUCCGAGCUCAAGACGUUCUUUGAAGAGGGCAUCAGCGAUGACAUUCCCAUCGUGAAGGCCGUGGUGCCGAGGAAUCAGCCUCGCUCCUUCAUCUCGCAGGGCGGCCUCGAGACACUGGUGACGGUGAGUGCCAACAGCCUGGUGGGCGCGCACGGCUGGCUCCCCUACAACAAGAACAUCUCCAAUUACUUCACCUUCUCACGGGACCCUUCGGUCGCAAGCAUCAAGACCCAGCGCUACAUCACGGGCCCGCUGGCGCCCGGCCUGGAGGCGUCGUGCCGGCUGUAUGCCGUCUCUCUGGACGGCAAGCUGCUGUUCAGCGCCGGCAACUGGGACAACAGCGUCCGCGCCACGUCGCUGGGCAAGGCGCGGCCCGUGGCGCACUACACCCGCCACAUCGACAUCGUGACGUGCCUGGCGCUGGACGGUUGCGGCAUCCACCUGGUGACGGGCUCGCGGGACACCACGUGCAUGGUGUGGCAGCUCCUCUACCAGGGUGGGAUAUGCGUGGGGUUGAUACCCAAGCCGCUGCAGGUGCUGUACGGCCACACAGCGGAGGUGCUGUGCGUGGCCAUCAGCACCGAGCUCGACAUGGCUGUCUCGGGCGCCAAGGACGGCAUGGUGAUGGUGCACACGGUGCAGCGCGGCCAGUACAUGCGCUGCCUGCGCCCGCCGUGUGAGAGCUCCCUGCCGCUGUCCGUGCCGGCGCUCGCGCUCUCCUGCGAGGGCCACGUCGUCGUGUACAGCACGCUGGAGGCCAAGGCCAGCCUCAAGGACAAGCACACGCUGCACGUGUACUCUGUGAACGGGCGGCACCUCGCCUCCCAGGGCCUGUACGAGCAGCUCACCGACCUGUGCGUCGCAGGGGAGCACGUGGUGCUGGGCAGCAUGCAGUGCAACCUGUCCAUACGGCACCUGCACAGCCUGGAGGAGGUGACGUCGCUGGCGAUGCGCGUGCCCGUGCACUGCGUCUCCGUCACGAAGGAGUGCAGCCACGUGCUCGUCGGCCUGGCCGACGGCAAGCUCAUCUUCGUGGGCGUCGGGCGGGCACCCGAGAUCCGAUCGGGGCAGCUGCGCAAGCUGUGGGGCAGCACCAAGAGGAUGAGUCAAGUGUCGGCCGGGGAGACGCGGUACAACCCGUCGUGAACACGCUCCCCACCCCCUCCCGGCCAACGCCGCCCAUCAUCGCCCCGCGGUUACGGACCCUCCGUCCGCAAUGCCGCCACCGCGUGCGUGCAAGGCUUGUGUGUCUGCGUGUCUGUCUGUUGGUUGCCUGUGUUUGGAGGUUGCUGGCCGGGUGGCCGGGUGGCCGGGUUGGUGUGUGCUCGACAGCUGAUCGGCUGCGUUCGAUGCACAGGAAGGAGGAUUUCUAUCGUAAUGGUUACAUUUUGCACUUGUGGAAGGGGAGCGUGGAGACGUUGUAAACUCGCGUUCCAAGGAGCGGAGCGCCCCAUUGUCCGGGCUCGCUCGUCUCGUCUCUGAACGAUUUUUUCCCCGCCACGGAUUCGCUGUCAUGCAGCGGUAAUCACGGAGCGGGCCCCGGUUCUGGCCCUCGCCGAACACAACGGAGGAAGGUGGCGAGACGAUCGGGGCCGCGUCACAGUUUUGCUGCGCGCGACACAAAUGCACUGGGAUUUACACUGUAGAGGCGCCUAUCACUUUCAAGUGUAAUUAUUAUUUUUAAUUGUUUCGAUCCGGUUUUAAAUGCAGUGAGGGCGAAGGGUUCCGCUCGCCCACCGGGUAUUUUCCGCGCACGCACACACACACACAUACCCUGUCACUCUGAGCAAGACGCGGCGCUCGCGCCCGGCCCGGGGGAUGGAGCUGCCCGUAGCUCCGUGCCCGCCAAGGCCGCCCUCUUCCCACCGAACCUCAGCGCCGCCUCCCGGGCGAGGCCGAGCGAGCGGGUGUGGGCGUGUCGAGCCGCGGUGCGCAAUGGGCCACCGACGCCGGGCGGCACGAGGCUGUGCUUGUCGCCUCCACGGCUGCAGUAAUGUUCCGUGGGGGGCGGGGGCCGUUUGUCGGACGCUGCGGCUGCCGAUGUUAUCCUAGCCGAGGGCAUUUCCGAGCAAGCGCGUGCCGGGUUCGGGACGGGCGCGGGAGCGGUUGCGCGGCACCACAGUGACACCGGGGCCGCGCCGGGUGGGCGCGCUCUCGAGCGGGGGCGCCGGGGUUUGCCGCCCGUGCCGUGCCCCUCCCCCGCGCGUCCCGUCCGCUUCUGGAACGUCGGCCCCUCCCGGCCGUGCGGCCACGGUCACCGCUCCCAUUAUCCGAGGUUGCGGAUGGAAGCCGUGCUCGCGACAAAAUUAACAAUGGUGUUCUCGAGGCCUUGCGCGCGGGAGCACCGCGCAUCCUCGCUCUUGAUGACCCGGUCAUUGAAAAGAGCCACAAAUAAUUCACCCCCGUGCUACGUAAUCGGUGGAUACGUUUGUCACCCUAUUGUGCAUAUGAUUUGCAUUGUCCACGUUUCAGUUAAUCCCGAGCCCUGCCUGCCCCCCCCCCAUCACCCCGGGUGAUGGAGAGUGGACCGCACCGUUGUUGUCGCGACGGGCGAGGAGAGCGCCGCUGGAGGACGCGGGAAGUGGGACGGACACCAGUCGCGUCGCCGCCGUUAAUGUGAAGGGGACAGAGUGGAGCGACGGGGAACGGCAACGGGGGAGGAUGCUACAGCGAGCUCGUCGCUUCCCCAUGCGUGCGCAGCAAGGACCAAUUAUAUCGACGCGGUGUGCGUGUGUGCGCGCGCGUGCGUGUGCGGUGUGCGUGUGUGUCGACGGCGGUUCGAGGGCACAGAAGGCAUCGCCAGCUAAUGUGGGGAGCCGCUCUGUCCGCAUCAUCGCAGCUUCGGUUUAGAAGUCCACGAGUGGGAUGGGGAUGGGACCAGCAGGUUUUGGAGGUCACAAGGCGUCGAUUGUGCAAAUGCCGCCGGAUCUGGCAAAAAGGGAAACGAUGGAUGGGCGCGGUGGUGGCGAUGGCAUCACCGGGCUUUUCCGUGGUGACCUUUCCAACGUAACCCCCGCGUGGGUUUUCGCGGUUGCUCCACGCAGCUCUGCUACGUGUCUCCGGGUUGCGCCACCGUACGCCGAUCAGCACGAUGGACGCGUGGAGCGAACCGCCGGACAUCGUGACGAGCAAUGCGUGGCACAAACCGAAAAAGUGCCGGAGAACCUCUUCUUUAACUCGGGUGCCUCAUCCAUACCGAAAAACAGCCUCUCAAGGGGGGCGGGGGGGGGCACAUGCAGAGCAGAGGCGGGGGGCGGGAGAGGGCGACACUUCUAUUCACUGGAGAGGCUGGGACACCCCCCAGAAUCGCUCUAGAAUCGCCGCUGCCCUCUGCGUGCGCGUCUCCGCGUGCGGCGUGCGGCGUGUACCUUGAUACCUCGCGUGUCCUCGCAAAGCGCCGAGAGUCGGACCAAAAACUUAUUGUGGCCGGGCACCGUGGAAGAGGCUGGAGGAGCACUUUAAGGUGGCCGUGCCCUUUCAGGUCGGGUUGUGAGCGGCGAGUUGGCGUGCGUCGGGGUUUAUUCACGGUCAGUCGAGGUGUCGGUGUGCAAGUGCGUGUGUGCGUGCUUCGAGGCGAAUCAAGUUCAGGUGUUGUCUGCUGGGAGGCCGAUGACUGCUUGGCCCGUCCUUAUUUUAUUUUCGUCCUGUACAAUGAACUUGUAACGUUGGAUUUUUUUUAUUUCUAAUGAACCUUGAAUUUUAUGUAUAUAUUGAAAUAUCGCGGUUUUAAUAAAGAUCUCUAUUCUGU